CCGGCCGCUCUCGCCUUGUGCUUGUGGUCGUAGGACGGGGCCGGGUGCGCCUGGCAGAUGUGCGCGACGUCAGGCCCUCUUGCAGCCUCUCUGCAGCUGUGCGGUUAGUUGAUCUCCGAAGAGCCCGAUGGGUAAAUUAGCACCGAUCACUCUCAUGCUGCGGAGUCAAUUAGCGUGUUGGGCCACCUGCACAAGCUGCAUGAAUUACGCAAAUGUAUAUGUGCAUGUGUACAUGUGGACGUGAAUGUAACCGAGCGCGUCGGGAACUUGGCGCUGAAAGAACUACUGACCUGGCAGCCGCUGUUGGCGACGGAGUGUCUUGUCUGCUAGCUGGAGCAGAUGGGUCGGAGGACUUGAGGUUCCCCUGUGUAGAGAGAAGAUCGAAGAAGGAGGUUGGUGCUAUCGUCAUUCCCAAGAGGCGGCUUCUUCGGAAGACUCGGGUGUGGCUGAAAGCGAUGGCUGGCGGGAGUAGCACGACGUCCUCUGCGGGGUCCGAGAUCCUCCUGUAUGUCGUCAGCACGGCCGUGAGCUGUAUCGUGCUGCUGAUUGGCCUGAGGCAUCUGGAUCCCAAUCGGGCUCAAGCUAAAUUGGCAGCGGAGAGGAAGAAAGAGAUCGCCCGAAGACUUGGAAGGCCGCUGCUUCAAACCAAUGUCUACGAGGAUAUCAUAGCCUGUGAUGUGGUUAACCCCGAUGACAUCACAGUGACCUUCGAUUCCAUUGGUGGUCUGGAUUCCGUCAAGCGUGCGCUGUACGAGCUGGUGAUCUUGCCUCUGAAGAGACCCGAGCUGUUUGCUCGUGGGAGGCUACUGAGGCCGCAGAAGGGCGUCCUGCUGUAUGGUCCGCCUGGAACUGGGAAAACCUUGCUUGCAAAAGCCAUAGCCAAGGAGUCAUCUGCAUGCUUCAUCAAUGUCAGGAUCGCAACCCUUAUGUCAAAAUGGUUUGGAGAUGCACAGAAGCUGGUUACGGCUGUGUUCACACUUGCGUAUAAAUUACAGCCAUCGAUCAUCUUCAUCGACGAGGUAGACAGUUUCUUGGGUCAGCGGAAGACCAGCGAACAUGAAGCCAUGACAAAUAUGAAGACAGAGUUCAUGUCUCUUUGGGACGGGUUCACGACGAAUGAUUCUGCACGAGUGAUGGUGCUCGCUGCCACAAACCGUCCUUGGGAGCUGGACGAGGCAAUCCUGAGGCGCCUGCCAAGGAGUUUUGAAAUAGGCAUGCCGGACAUGCUGCAGCGAGCAAGCAUUUUGAAAGUGAUUUUGAAGGGGGAGGAUGUGGAGGAUGAUGUUGAUGUGAUGCGCCUUGCAGCAUUGACUGAAGGGUACAGCGGGUCGGACCUUCAGGAGCUCUGUAAGCAGGCUGCAUAUGCACCAAUCAGAGACCUGCUGGAGGAGGAAAGGCAAGCAGAACCAUCAGCGAGUAGAGAGGUCAGGGAGGAAGUCGCUGGCGAGGCCGAGGGUAUCUACUUGAGAGGCCCCAUGACAGCAAAGCCCAGGUCGCUAAGAUUGCAAGACUUUGAGGGAGUGCUGCGAACAUCUCGGCCAUCAAAGGAUGUCGCAUAUGACUAUCGGCUGAGCAGAGAUGGUGCAGGGGCAUCAGCGUCUUACAGCAAUGGUUAUGCUGUCCCUGACGUGGAGAUCGCUGCCUCAGGGCCAGCAGGUACGAGCGUAUCUCCAGAAUUCAUCAAACUCCUUGUACAUAUGUUUGAUAAGAGCACAAGUGGUCGUGGGAACACGCAGAGCUCGAGUGCAGGAUCAGGGGGGCUAGGAGGAGGGGGAGGCGGAGGAGGAGGAGGAGGAGGAGGAGGAGGAGGAGAAGAUAGUGCAGGGGAUAACGUAGAGCCAGGUAGGCCGUCUUCUUGAUAGAUUCAGUGAUCUUGGCUGUGUUAUAGCAAUACACUUCAUGUAGGAGUUCUGUUUUACAAUUGAUGUUCACUUGAGGCCUUGAGUAGGAAGAUCUGGCAGAGAUGCAAUGCAGGAAUUGACUCCAUUUGUCGUCAUGUGAUUGUUGUUGUGCACCCUUUGUAAUGUGUGAAUAUGACAGUUUCUUUCGGUCAUUGUUUUGAUCAAGAAGGGUUGAUUUGUUUCAUUUCAUGCUGACCUCAAGUAGUUCUAAGGUGUAUUACGUGUCAGGGAGGCGUUUGAAUCCAUGAUAGAGAAUAUAGUUUUUUUCUGCGGAUUCGUUUUCAGCAGCCCCGGCCAAAAAAAGCCGACUGAAUUAGACGGCUGUGGUGGCUGUACUGACGGGGGAGAUGGGACUGACCCCCACAGGGCUCACUCAAAGGUCUUCAUCAGGGCUGCAUAGCUUGCUGAUUAGGGCCGCCAAGAGUGUCUCACCUGGUUGAUCUCGGAAAAAGUCCAGCGAUGCCUUACUGCUUGUAGUUGUUGUACCGAAGCGGGCGAUUGAAGCUUCUGGACUGGGCCACUAGGGGCUUGAAUGUCCGGCUCAUGCGGGCUGCAGAGAUUGCUGAUUUUGGGGCCGCCAGGGCCUUGAAGGUCCUCCUCAUGUGGGAUGCAAAGCAGGGCGACCAGGAGCUCUCCCGGCAAGAAGCAGGAGGCCUUAUUGCCAGCUUGUUGCCACACAUGGGCGGCAAGCUGGAAUGCCAGCCAUGCUGUGCAACCCACUGCGUCUUCUCACCUGUCCAAAUUUCACGUCUCGGUCCCCCCCACUGUGCCUCACCACUCAUCACGGCUGCUCAUUGCUUCAUCUCACUCUUCCUUACGGCUCAUGAUUCCUCACUCCUCUCUUCAAAAGGGUGGGGAUUGCCAGGGGGCCCAUAAAUGGAGGCUUCCACCACGUGAAUGAAAUCCCUACUCUGGCACCAGGUUGGUUGCCCUUUCUGAUCCGUGUGCGCGGUAAUGGCGAGCACCGAACUGUCCAGUCAAAAUGUCAGAUGGCUGGUUUUGGGCUCGCAAGGUUUUCUAAACGUGAUCUUCCACGCUGAUAGGUGCCUCACAAAUAUAGUUUUUCAGCUGCUGACUGGUUUUGUUGAUCAUGUAUGCCAGAUGGCCAUCUUUUGGUUUGCCUAUUGCCAGACUGAUUCAGUCUUUGGCUGGAUGGGGCAUCACGAGCAGAUAGCUGUUGUUGCCCAUUGUGCAGUAAAGGGAGGGUGACAGACUAAUCAGGGCUUGCACGGAGCCCUUCAACCAGAUGGCUGGUCUGUCACCCACAUAGCUGCCAACUUUCCCGGAGGUUUCAUGAUAACCCCCUUUUGGAAGGCAUUUGUUCCAGGCUGGUCUGUCAGGUUCAAACCAUUUGUGAUGCCAGGGGCUUUACUUACUGACAGGCGUCUUUUUAAGGUGGCUGGCAACAUCAGAUUGCUGCUGUACAUUGAUUGAUUGGACAGGCAAGUGCAAGGUUUUCCCACACGCUCUUCUUGCUUCUUGCUCUGUUGAGCCUCUUGUUCAGGACAGAUUGGCUGCCGUAAAACACCGGCUGGAGAAUGGUAUGCGUGGCCCCAAGAAUGGCCGCUGGACACGGAUGUUUGUUCUGCUGGCUGAGUCCCACUUCAGUCCCAUAGGAACUGACCUCCUGUGUGUUCCCGUCUGGCAUCAGGGCGUUGCACUUUGCCUAUCGAUUGACAGCGCAAUUUGAAGAUGGUGGGUGCCCAACCCCUUCUCUUCGUUUGGUUGGUUCCCCAUACAUUCUCCUUGUCGGUCGUCGGCCCACGGGAUGGUCGCAUUUGGGGUGUGCAUGAUGACAUAGUAUCCCUUGGUUGUUCUCUGCGCCUGGGUCGUAUC